UUUUAAGCUCAGUUCGCUUCGCAAUCUCGGUAAUGGUAAACGUUAUUGUAGUUCAGCCGUAUGAUGUGCAAAAACGGAUUCAAAAAUUAAAGUGCGCUAUUUGAAAACAAACAAAAACAAAAAGCUACCUACAUUAUCGUUGAAAGUGAGCCAUAUAAUUUUGUAAUUUUUUGAAAUAUUUUAUGUGAAGAUCUGAAGCGCUGAAGUGCUGAAACGAGUAGGAAAAUAAAAUUCAAUUUUCUCUUCAUCUUCACACGAUUAGUGUUUUUUUUUUUCAUUUUCAUUUCUGUGAUUGUGAAUCUUUUGUGCGAACGUUUUCAAACCACUUAUAGGACCCCUUUCACUCCAGAGAUAAAAAUGUCAACGCACGUGAAUCCAACAUUUGUGGGAGACGAUGGCAAAAAUCUAAACAGGCAUACACAAAAGACACAACCGAGUCAUCUGCCUCCCCCCUCAAAAUCAACACCCAUAAGUAAUGGAGCUUCCAAACCUGGCCUGGAACGUGAUCUUUGGGGAAAUGACAUUGAAUUUCUAUUCUCGUGCAUAGCAAUGUCUGUGGGUCUGGGCAAUGUGUGGCGUUUUCCUUUCACAGCCCUGGAAAACGGUGGCGGUGCUUUCCUCAUUCCAUACCUGAUAGUAUUAUUUUUAGUUGGUAAACCGAUCUAUUACUUAGAAAUGAUUGUUGGACAGUUCUCGAGUCGGGGGUCUGUCAAGGUAUUCGAAUUAUGCCCUGCUAUGAAAGGUGUUGGACUUGGUCAAGUGUUUAUGGUGUUCCUGCUUGGUACAUAUUACGAAUCAGUAGUGGCAUUGAUCUGCUACUACUUUGCAAGUUCGUUCAGAUUUCCAUUGCCAUGGGCUAACUGCCGACAUGAAUGGGAGGCUCGUUGCUUUGAUUCAUCAUCUGGAGGAGAAUUUAAUAGUUCUGGUUCCAUAUCUAACAUAGAAUAUCUUAAAUUUGUGGAAAAAACUAGUAAUGACACAAUAAUGACAAGCUCUGAAUUGUUCUUUAUAAAGGAAGUUCUUAAAGAGAAGGACACAAUAGCUGAUGGCAUUGGAUAUCCAAACUGGCCACUAGUUGUGGGACUGUUUCUUUCGUGGAUCAUGAUUUAUUUGCUGAUCAUUCGUGGAGUUAAGAGUUCGGGAAAAGCUUCUUACUUUCUUGCCAUUUUUCCAUAUAUCGUGAUGUUUAUUUUACUCAUAAGAGCUGUUACAUUGGAAGGAUCUGCUGAUGGAAUCAUUUAUUUCAUCAAACCUCAAUGGGAGAAGAUCUUAAGUCCAAAGGUCUGGUACGCUGCCGUAACUCAAGUCUUCUAUUCGCUAUCGGUUUGUUUCGGAAACAUCAUCAUGUACUCGUCUUAUAACAAAUUCAACCACAACGUCUACCGAGAUGCAACUAUUGUCACACUCCUCGACACAUUCACCUCGCUUUUGGCAGGUUUUACGAUAUUCGGUAUUUUGGGACAUUUAGCUCAUGAAAUUGGAACAACUGAUGUCGGAACUGUUGUCAAAGGAGGUACUGGGCUUGCCUUCAUUUCUUACCCAGAUGCUAUCGCUAAAUUCAAGGCUAUGCCACAGAUUUUCUCUGUUCUCUUCUUCGUCAUGCUGUUUGUCCUGGGAAUUGGCAGUAAUAUUGCAAUGACAUCGUGUACAAUGACCGCCAUUCGAGACAGUUUUCCAAACAUCUCACAGUCCUAUUGUGCUCUUGGAAUAUCCGUCGUUAGUUUCCUCCUGGGAUUGCUAUACGUUACACCGGGAGGCCAAUUUAUCUUAACACUGGUUGACUACUUCGGAGCGUCUAUGAUUGCUUUGACUUUGGGAAUUAUUGAACUUUAUGUGUUCGCUUGGGUCUAUGGUGUUGAUCGCUUAUGCCGAGAUGUCCAAUUCAUGAUCGGAAAAAGUCCAAGCUGGUAUUGGAGAAUUUGCUGGGGAGUUAUCACACCUUUAAUUAUGACAUCGAUCUGGAUCUACACCUUUGUUGCAUAUGAACCCCUUACCUACAAAAAUGUACAAUUCCCUAACUGGGGCUAUGCUAUUGGAUGGACUAUUACAGCAUUCGGAGUUGUUCAAGUUCCGAUUUGGGCAUGUGUAGCUAUUGUUAAACAACCUGGUGAUACAUUUAUGGAAAAAGUUCGUGGUGCAUUCCAGCCAAAAGCCAAUUGGGGUCCAAAUGAUCUUAUACUUCGAGAGCAAUAUCACAAAGAAAUGGCAAUUUAUAAAGAUUCAACACGAAAUCUAGGUUUUUGUGGAAGUAUAAGACAAAAUCUUUUCGGAUAAAAUUACAUUUAAUAUAUUGUUCUUUUUGAGAAGUCGAUCCGUGACUGAGGCCCUAAAUAAGAGUACUUAAAUAAGCUUUAAAUAAUAAAUAAAACCAUUAGUUAAGUUUUAUUACCUAAGAAAUAAACCAUUUAAAAAAAAAACU